CGUGUCGUCACUUCGCGUUGCAUCAUGGACGCGUCGGCCAUUUUACACAUCACAAGACUUUGAUCGAAGCUGGUCAUAAUGAAAUAAUCGGCUGUAGCACUUUGUAACCCCGAUGAAAUGCCUACAUGAGGGUUACGGAACCAUUUGCACAGGUGGGCUUGAAUGCAGAGCUUGUAUGAAGAACUGUGAGUGAAUUUUAGGCCAGCAAUGGGCAAACGGAAGGUGCCAGAUCUCUACAGAGCCCCCUUUCCCCUGUACUCCAUAAAAGUCGACCCUAAAGCAGGACUAGUGGUGAUAGCAGGAGGAGGGGGGCCUUCCAAUACUGGCAUCAAGAAUAGUGUGCACUUCCUGGAGCUGCAGUUGGUUGGAGAAAGCCAGUACAGUGCCAGCCUGCUUCACUCACACGACACUGACACGCGUGCCACCAUGAAUUUGGCGUUAGGCGAUGGGGUGAUAGCUGCAGGUCAAGAUGGAACAUGCUCUUUGAUGAAAGUUGAUGACUGCACACAGAAAAGUGAAGGCAAGGCUGCUGCUAAUGAUGAAAACAACGUGCAAAAAGGUAAUGCCAGGCAACGAGGUGGGAAGAGAAACAAAGUUGAAAAGGACGUGGCUGCUGUCUCUGGGUCUGAUACGAAGGAUGAGACAACACACAUCUCUGUGACAGAACUGGCUGAACUGCAGUCAGAUCUGAACCCUGUGGACCCACUCCAAAAGGUGGUCAGAUUUAGUCAUGACCUGAGCUUGCUCCUGACAGGAGGCACAGACGGACACAUCAGAGUUUGGGAGUUUCCAUCCCUAAAGAAAAAGCUUGACUUCAAAGCGCAUGAAGGGGAAAUAGAAGACCUGGAUCUGAGCUCAGGAAACAAGCACCUGGUAACUGUUGGCAGAGAUUUUGCUUGCAGUGUAUGGCGCAACAACCAACAAGUUAUGGCUCUUAAAUGGCAUGAAACCAUGCCUCAGAUAGCUGAAAAGACAUAUCGGUAUUUGGCUUGCAGAUUCGGAAAGGUAGAAGACCAAAAAGAUGCACUGAGGCUUUACACAGUUCAAAUCCCGCAUAAACGAGACCGAAAACCUCCACCGUGUUACCUCACUAAGUGGGACGGCAAAAGCUUCCUGCCCAUGUUGACAGCUCCCUGUGGGGCAGAGGUCAUCUCAAGCCUUGCUGUCAGUGACUCUGGAACAUUUCUUGGACUGGGAACAGUAACAGGAUCAGUAGCGAUCUACAUUGCUUUCUCCCUUCAGAGGUUGUAUUACGUGAAGGAAUCCCAUGCGAUUGUUGUGACAGACCUGGCGUUCCUGCCCGACGCAUUCAAAGGCCAAAAUAUCAAAGGAAACAAUGAAACUGUCAUGUUGAGUGUGGCUGUCGACAGCCGCUGUCAGCUACAUGCUGUCCACAACCAAAGAACAUUUCCCUUCUGGUUGGUGAUGUUCUUCUGUGGACUUGUGGUGGUGGGAAUUGUCCUGCUCCUCCAGUAUCUCUUCCCAGGCUUUUUUUGAAUUUUCUGCAUUCGCACAGGUUAUUCAUGAGGAGCUUGCGCACAUGCUUUGCAGGCCGAUCUAUCCAACACAUCCAAAUCCACCAGUGCUGCACCACUGACUUUAAACUGCUUUUAUGGUGCCGACAUCUCCCUAUGUGCCUACUCAGGGUUUUUUCCCCCAUCUCUGACAUGAUUGCAAAACAGAGACACCCAAAAUGGGAUUUUAAGUGUUUUGAUUAAUAUCAUUGGUCACCUCUCUUGGGAAUCAUGUUAAAGGUCACAUUGAAUAUUGAAAGUUCAAAGUAUCCCUCAUAAAAUAUUUCUAAUCAACAUAACGACAAAUAAUCGAUAUAUGUAUACAUAGACAUGUAUAUAUAGAAAUGUAAUAUUGACUAAAUAAUAUAAAUACACAGGUUUACAGCUACAAGAGAGCCCAUGUGUGUCAAAUCUAAUUUGUUUACUCUCAAGAGACCGCCAUUUAACUUUUAUACACUAGGGGGCAGCAUCGACCAGGGCAGCGUGCAUCUCUCAUCAAGGGCUGGUUGCAAAUGAAAUGUAUUCUGGGAUGUCUUUUUUUGUCUUUUUCCCCGACAAAUACUGGAUUGGUAAAUUAUAAAAAUAGAGCGUGUUUGUGUUUUAUUCACCACCACUAUUCAUGGUUGAACCUUGCCGCACAUUGGCUCUGUUACAUUGUUAUCAAUGAAACAAUGUUUGAUAUUUUGAAACAAAUUAAAAAUGUUAGAUGUUGCCAGAAUGAUUAAACCUGUCAUGUUGAAAUGAAUUUCAAAAAUUCCGACUGCAGAUGUAAAAAUGUGAAUAAAAGUUUCAAUGAUUUCAACUUC